UGGUACAGCUCCUUUGUCCACGAGGGCCAUUAUUGUCACGAGUUUGAGAAGCUAGACAUGAGUCUUUACCAAUACCAGGUCACAGAGAAAGACACUCUGGAGCUCAAAGAAAUACGACCUAUUCUGCAGCAGGUUGCUUUAUCGCUGCAACUCCUCAAGAGCCUGGGGAUAGCCCAUACCGACCUCAAACCGGAUAACAUUAUGUUCGUGGAUCACGUGCAUCAGCCACUGAGGGUGAAACUCAUCGAUUUCGGCACGGCCAAUUUGAUUUCGGAACGGUGCAAGGGCUCGGAACUUCAGACGCUCUGGUUCAGGUCUCCAGAGAUUCUUCUGGGUGCUUCCUUCAAUGAGGCGAUUGAUAUCUGGUCUCUCGGCUGUAUUGCAGCAGAGCUGUUCAUGGGCAAAGCGCUGUUCCCCAGCAGCGAUGAGUUUGAUAUGAUGAGACACAUACUUCGAGUCAUCGGCAAGCCACCCGAUCAUCUGCUGAAUACCGGAGUCUACACAAAGCAGUAUUUCCGACAUUACCUUGCCAAAAAUGGGAAAAAGACAGAGAACCUUUGGAUGUUUAAGUCGAAGCUUUAUAGUCCCUCUUGCAAACCCUGCACCCUAAACAGCCUGUAUGACCUUCUGGAGGGAUGCGAUGAACAGACGGGCGAAGAUGUGGACAGGAGGAGCUUCGUUGACUUGUUGGUGAAGAUGCUGCAGCUGGAUCCCGACGAAAGGAUCAAACCCAACCAGAUUCUUCAACAUCCCUUCAUUACCAUGAGCCACCUCCUCGGCAACUUCUACGACUGCCAAUAUGUUAAAUCCUGCUUGGAUCUCCUGGGCGGGCAUUUGAUUGAGGCCUCGUUGAACCAAGGAGACUUUCUGCCGUCGUCGUAGAGUGUGACGGACCACCAAGAC